AUGGAUCAGCUCGCUUUAUUGGCAGAAAAGGGGAUCCAAGAGCUAAGAAGCCAAAUGAUCGACGAUAAACUCAGUGUUCUGGCGGUAAAACGAGACUUUGAAUUACUUCAAGUCAGGAUCAACGGGAUGGAAAAGUUGAUUGCCCAUCGUGAAAGCUCAAUCAGGUCGAUGGAAACCAGCAUCGACUCGCUCAACACAGGGACCGAGGAGGGAAAAAGAGAGGAUAUGGCUGGGGUUCCCAAAUGCCAGGGCCAACAAGAACCCAAAGGGAGCAUCUCAGACUAUCAUGAACGUCUCGACACUCGCGCUUCACACACUGUCAGCACGCCAACUCUGACCGAGAGCCUGUUGGCGACUAAUCCCAAAGCUCCCUUGGACAUCUACACUGGGAUCGAUCAGAAAGAGAGCCACAUGUCCGCCUCAACCAACACGAUCCAUAGCUAUGGCCCCCCGACCUCGCCAGAUACGACUCAAAUGUCCAAGACAUUCUUCCUAAACCUCUCCGUGAGCGACCCGGAUGACGAGGCAGUUGCAAUGGUGCUACGAUGGUGGAGCGAUGAAUCCAUGAAAAGCCGGAUGCUACUAGACCAAGUCUCAGAGCUUGUGAAAACUUUUCAGGAGUCUGAGCGCCAGAUUUCCGCUGUUCAGAGCCAAGAGCAGUGCAACGAGGGGCACAUCCAGAUGUUGCAGGAGCGUAUGAGAGAUAUCAAUGAAAGAAUAAAUCAUUACUGUGCUCAAAACACAAGCUCGGAGAAGCAAACAUGGAGCCCAAACAGCAUGGACUGCAUCAAACAGACGCAGCCUGUGGAAUACAAGACAAUGGAAAUACCCACUGAUCACAAUCACCAUAGUGACCCAUAA